UGGGCUCCACUCAGUUCCAUUACCAUUAUGAAUUUGACAAAGACAGUUCUAUUACCAACUAAAUACAACUAAAACAAUAGUUUGAAAUAAAAGCUGACAGUUUUAACUUUUAUUUACUUUUAUUUUAAUAAACACAAUAUCUCCCGGGUUUUUUUUAUUGUGCUGAGACAUGAAACCUAUUCAAGUGCAACACUCCUUUACAGUGCGUGCUUGCGUGCGAAGGAGCUUCAGGGUUACUGAUAACCAAUCGCAUUAUAUAAUGCUGUUGUAACUAUACUAAGAAAGAACAGAGGAUAUGUUUCUGGGGAAUGAUCCUGAAAAACAGGAAAAUUGGUGCCAUUGUUACUUGGGGUCUAAAGAUUGCAUUCAAGUAACCAUCAAGAGUCAAAACAAGCGAUAAGCGCGCACGUGCACAUUGCGUUCCUUUUUUUUGGAAUGCAGAAAAUGAUAAUAACGUCCUAUAUUGUUAUUUAGGAUGAGCUGUUUUCAAAGAGCAGAAGACCUCUAAGAGCAAAGGAUGGAAAGACACUGACACGCAAUAAUACGGAUUUUCUGUCCUUAAGACGACACGCCACAAAUCCGGGAGUGAACGAUUCCGUGGUAAGCUAAUUAUGUCAUUCUAUAGUCCGUGAUAACUUUGAAUAACUUUCACUGUGUAUCUCGCCCAGAGGUUGUUUGGUUCAAGUAUUUUGGUAGAUCAUAACUAAAGGCACUGUUAAUUAAGGUGCUUUUAUGUGAUAACAUGCCUCGUAAUUUUUGUUGCGAUGCAAGUUGCACAAGACCAGGGGUACGUUGCUGACGGUUACAGUCCCUGAGAGAAAUCUUAAAUAAACGUGUCUCGCAAUACGCGGUUCGUUGCAGCAAGCGUUAACCAUGAAGGGCAAUUUCUUUUCUUCGUAACAAUUACUGUCAAGUCAACUUUGCGAGACAUGUUUAUGGUCGUGUCACACAAAGCAACGAACGUAUCAUGCAAACAAUGGCUAGGUGGAACAGUGCCUAAAGUUUCCAAAACGUCUAACUCGGACACACUUUCGCUCGGACAUUUCCUUUUCAGAGUGUCGCUUGAGAAUACGAAUAUUCAGUUGUGCUGACAAUAAGGAACUCCAGUUGUCUUUUGAACUAGCUAAGGAAAGUUGAGUACUUUCGAAGGGGGACUGAAAUAUCAAAGUACCACCUCAAAACUGCAGAACAUCUAAGAAACACAAGGGAGCUAACCGUGGCACCUACGCAAUUGGACAAGACCGCAACAGAUUGCAUUCGUAAAAACCAGGGCCGGGUUGUUCAAAGCAGGGCUAAGAUAACCCAGGGUUGGUGCGAAUUUUAAAUUUAGAUAUGAAAGCUUAAAAAGCAAAUUCAGUUUAAUUCUUUUGGUCUGCAAUUAGGUGAUUGGAUGCUCCAAAAAGAAUAGGGAAAAUUAUCCGAGAAAAUACCUUCAAACAAAAGAAAAAGAAACCUGGAUUAAAAUUUAACCCCGAGUUAGCGCUAAUCGACCUUCGAACAACUGAGCCCUGAAAAACGUCAUUUUAACUUAUUUUCAAGUUUUCUCAUUUUUUUCCCCGAGAUACGUCACUGGCUGAGCUCUAAUGUAAGAGUGUCGCCCAAAUUUCUUUAACUUAUUGACAUCUUUUUCUUUCGCCAGGCUCGUGAAGUCUUUGCAAACAUCUCACAACAAAUUGUGGCAUUUUUUAAAUCAAAAGGAAUUGUUCCUAACCUUCCAACGAAUAUGAACUUUACACAAGCCUGGGAAGAUUGCAACAAUACACCGAAUUCAACUUCCAGCAGACCCUCCUCGCCGCGCAUGCGGAAAAUCUCUCAGCAUGUCGCAGCGAAAUGUCCGACAUGCGGGUCGGUGAUCGAUCGCCAUGGAUUUGACAAGACCUACGUCUAAUGUAGUAUCUACGGUAGCCUGCGAGCAAGCUCUCCAGUUCGGGGAUAUCGUCAGAGGCCACGCGCGAAGGGCGCGCGAAAGGAGACAGUCACGGGUUACUCUCGCGGCCCGCUUCACUCGCCACUCGAGGCUAAAUCUAAGGAUAAGUAAGAUUGCAGCUAGUGGUGUGACGCAGUUUGUUAUUAAGAAUGAUAAUUAUGAAAAAGGUG